AUGGCGCCCAAGCAGACGAAGGAUAAAUACUCUGUGCUCCUCCCCACAUACAAUGAACGCCGCAACUUGCCCAUUAUAACAUGGCUCCUUAAUAAGACCUUCACUGAGCAGAAGCUCGACUGGGAACUUAUCAUCGUUGACGAUGGUUCACCCGACGGAACCCAGGAAGUCGCCGCGCAACUCCAGAAAGUUUACUCUCCUCACGUCCAGCUUCGAGCUCGUGCUGGCAAGCUAGGUCUUGGAACGGCAUACGUCCAUGGUCUCCAAUUCGCAACCGGAAACUUCGUCAUCAUCAUGGAUGCCGAUUUUUCGCAUCAUCCCAAGUUCAUCGCCGAGAUGGUUCGCGUUCAAAAGACCAAGAAUUACGAUAUCGUUACCGGUACUAGGUACGCUGGCGAUGGAGGUGUAUACGGUUGGGAUCUGAAGCGAAAGUUCGUCAGUCGAGGUGCCAAUUUGUUCGCGGACACGGUGCUUAGACCUGGCGUCAGCGACCUGACUGGCAGUUUCAGACUGUACAAAAAGGAGGUCUUGCAGAAGGUCAUCAGGAGCACUGAGAGCAAGGGUUAUACAUUCCAGAUGGAGAUGAUGGUGCGUGCAAAGGCCAUGGGCUGCACAGUCGCCGAAGUUCCCAUCAGCUUCGUCGACCGUGUCUAUGGCGAGAGCAAGCUUGGUGGCGAUGAGAUUGUCGAAUAUGCCAAGGGUGUUCUCAAUUUGUGGUUGAAGGUUUAAAACAAGCAUGAUUGUAUGGCGUUGGCGUUGAUUUAGGUAUGGGGUUUUAACGGGGCAUUCCGCUUCUAGAUCCACAGAUAUCCUGAUUGCUUGAUGGGCAGGCAGUUUUUGUAGUGUCAUUUAACUUAAUCUAGCCUCCCCUAAUACCUACAAUGAACCUUAGUGGUCUUAUCACGUUGAGUUAGCACAAUUAACCAUACUGCC